ACCGACCAACGGGUUUGCACUUUCAUCGCGACACACACAGCGAACACUUUUUCGUUUAUAAAUACAUGGCGCCUCCGCAGGUCUGCUGGCAAUCGUCGUCGAGAGGUCUCCAACGGAUUUACAAAACACAUCGAAGCUCACCGCUUUUCCAAAGCCGAAAGUAAAAGCGUUUUUCCAGCAAACCGAACUUGUCCAUCGACUUUGGGUUUUGCUUUUGCUUUUGCGGGACGGAGACCUUGUGCUGGGAGCUCUAUCGUCAAUAGACACGGUUUGCCCACGCUCCAGUCAGGACGUGCACUCGAGUGUUGAUUUUUCUGUCAAAUUGAGUGAGUGAUUCGUGUCCAGUUUUGUGCCACCAGUGAUGAUGGUUGGGUGGUCCUGGCCUUAAAAGCAAACUGGUUCUUCUGUGGAACAUACGAUAAGCGGACUGGGUGUGGUGACACACAAACUGUUUGCCGGCCAUCCUGGACAAAAGAAAGUGCGCGCACUCCAUGCGAUAUUAGCUAACAUCAAUUGCCAUAGAACCGGUUGCAUUGCCUCGAUUGAAAGCCCCAGUAAUAAAUUCGAUUUGCUUACACGAGUCGAGUCGAGUGCCGUACCUGUGCCGUGAUCCCGAGACUUCCGGUUAAGCAAUUUCUUUUCCAGCCCCGACAGAGUCAGAUUGCAUAAUUGUCAACGAUGCCAUCGGCCAUGCAGCUGCUGCUCCUGACAUUGCUAUUGGCAGCCAUGCCAGCACUGGGCCUGGGACGCAAGGUGAAGCGGAAGGACGCCCACUACCAUCUAAAUGUGCCUCCACCACCACCGCCACCGUCACAACAGGGCCAGGGCCAGGUGCAUCAGGGCCAACAUCAACAGGCCACGCAGAUCGAACACGAAGUGCCGCCCUAUUCAUUCGAAGCCAUUAACCACGACGAGUUUGAGCCAGCCCAGAGCCCGCAUCUGAAUGGACAGCCCACGCGUUACGAAAGCUCCGACUACAUUUUACACAACCUACAAAGCGGCGGCGGCGGAUAUCUGGCGGACAAUGGGCUGCGCAGCAUUGCCAAGGGAUCGGCGGAUACAGCCAUCUCGGCGGUGGCCAGUCAAAAUGCGGCGGGAAAACAGGCAUCGUAUGUCGCCAAGAGUACUCUGGCCCAGGCAGCAGCGCAAGCAGCCGGCACAGCCGUGGCUGUGCUCAAGGGCAAAGAGGUGCUACUGCACCGACUGGAGGAUCAGAGCGUGGAGGCACACAAGGCAAUGGAGAACGAGCUGACGCAGCUGCAGCAGGCCAAGCGAUCGGCGAAAGCUGCCCAAUAUGCGGCCCAGCAGGCCAUCAACCAUGUGAGCGUCCUCACGGCGGCACUGAACAAUGCCCAAUCCGCAUCUGAACUCGCCCAAAAGUCCGCGUCCGAGGCAGCCGCUGAAUUGGCCUCCCAAAUCGAUAUGGUGGCCCAGGCAAAGACCAAACUGGAGCAGGCCGAGUCCCAUGCGUACGCCGCUCGGUUGGAUUAUGAGGAGACUCGGGAUGCGGCGGAGAAGGCCACGCUGUCCGCGCAGGAGGCACACCUCAAUGCCAACGAUGCUGCUCUGCACGCCAAUGUACAGCUCAGUGAAGCGGUUCACAUUCAUGAUAAAAGCGAUCGCAAUGUGGUUGAACCGGCCCCGGCCCGCCAUCGUCGACGCCGCCCGUAAUACACUUCCACGACGAAGUUUUGUUGGCAUUUAAGCUUCAAUUUGAACUUAUUUAUUUCUUUUCCAUGUAUUUACUUUAACUCUAAGUUUUGUUAUCUUGUUAAUAAAUAAUAGUUGUGAGAAAACGAGAAUCCAAACGAG